CUUUACCUGAUGGUUCCACACUCUGAUACCUCUCUCCAGUACGCAAAAUGAUUCUUCCUUUGUAUUGCUGAGACUUCAUUAUUUUUCAUGGACCUUCCUCCGCCUUAUUCCGCUAACCCCUACGGAUCCAGUCCAUAUGGUCCCAAUGCUGCUUACCCAUCAGGAACCCAUGGAACAUUCUACCAGCCAUAUACUAUCCAGCCGGCACCUGCUCCGCACUAUGUCAUUAACAGACCACCAUCCAACAAGUUGUCCCUCCUAUCCGUCUUUUCCAGCCGGGCAUCCAGGAUCUUCCUCGUUCUCGUCUUGGUCGUUGUGGCUGCUGGGCUCGGUCUGAUCACAGCAUUUAAAUUAAAUGCUUUCAACACGUCUCCGUCAAGCUCAUCCAUCCCCAGGGAAAGCUGCUUUAAAAAUAAAACUCUAUGCAAUGGUGUGGCUGAAUGUUCUCGAGGAGGAGAUGAGAUGGGAUGUGUGAGGUUUCGCUGGGAUAACUCCCUACUCCAGGUCAUGUCACGCACUCAAGAGAAUCAAUGGCUACCUGUAUGUUCCACUGGUGUUAAUAGCAAUUUCCCAGCCUACGUUUGCCAAAGAUUUGGAUUUUUGGAAUCACCCACCACACAGCUGGUGACAAUGAGGGACAAUCCACAGAAUACCGGACUGGCCAGUGGAGUAGCAUCUGACACCAUACAGGGCAGCCUGGACAGUGUUACCUGCAAUUCUGGAGAGUAUCUGGCUGUGAGAUGUUCAGACUGUGGUGAGAAAAAAACAACCAGGAUUAUUGGGGGCACACAGGCUAGUUCUGGGUCGUGGCCCUGGCAGGUCAGUUUGCACCAGAGAGGAGUAAACAGAUUUGUGCACGUCUGUGGAGGCACCCUCAUCAACAACUUGUGGGUGCUGACUGCAUCGCACUGCUUUACUGAAACUGCUAAUCCUAUCUACUGGAGGGUAUAUGCUGGCACAGUAAACCAGAACGAUCUCCGCUUUAUGUCGGAGGUGAAAGUCAUUGUACGACAUGAAGACUAUAAUGCAAACUCUGAUGAUUAUGACUUGGCUCUGAUGAAGCUGAAGAAUCCUUUCACCUUCUCUGUUUCUAUUCAGCCUGCCUGUCUUCCUAUGACCUCUCAAACAUUUGCUGACGGUAGUCUGUGCUGGAUCAGUGGAUUUGGUAGAACCAACCCAAGCGCUGUGGAAACCUCCCAGGUCCUGAUGCAGACACAAGUGUCUAUAAUCGGCACAAAGAAGUGCAACAGUGUUGAGGUGUAUAAUGGAGCCAUUUCUGCAAGGAUGAUGUGUGCAGGAGAUCUCAGGGGUGGGAGAGACUCAUGUCAGGGUGACAGUGGAGGUCCACUAGUUUGUGAGCAAAACAGUCGCUGGUAUCUAGCUGGUGUGACAAGUUGGGGUACAGGCUGUGGGCAGGCAAAUAAACCUGGAGUAUACACCCGUGUUACAGAGUUUCAGCAAUGGAUAUUACAACAAAUGGAGUUGGAGAGGAAUCAGUGACCACUGGGAAGAGCUAAAUCAACAGAAACAGAGAAACUCCUAUCUAUUGCCAAAGGACCAAUGAACAGAAAUAAUGGGGAUUAUAUGAUAACAUACAUGAUGAUAAUCUCCAGAGACUGUAAGGGGAAACACUGUUGUAUAAAACGUAUAUCACCAAGGACUGGACAAUAUUAUCUGACCUCUGUCAUCAGAAGCCCUCCUACCUGGAAAACAAUGAGAAUGAAUUAUAUUACAGAGAGCUAAAGGGGUGGUGAUAUAAAGCAAUACCAGGAGUUAGAGUAGAGCUUAAAAAAUAUUGCACAUAAUUAAUUCACAAAAAAUGGCUCACAGAAAAAAAUAUACUACAGUAUAUAAACUGGUUCUCCAUCAUUUAAUUUAUAUAUUUAAGCAUUAGUGGAAGAUUCUUUUUAUUUCAAAUAUUUUCUAACUUUUAUUUUUCAAUAGUGAAAUUUAGAUGUGUCCCAUAUCCAUUUAAAAAAAGUCUGUUACAAUAAUGUAGAUUUGGUUAUAAAUAUUUUCCUCAUUGCCAUCAUUGUGUGAGAAUGUUUACUUAUGGAUCUAAGAGAGGGACUGGCUAUGUAAAGUAAAUAGAGAAGUUGUAGGAUGGCAGGUAACCAUAUUUAACAAACAUGUCAUGGGAUCUUCAAUCAGUUUUCCAAAACAAAUGUGAUUUACCUAUUUGCCCCCUUUGCUGCCCUAUGGCUCCUGAAAUAACAAUGUGUUAAAGGGAUAUAAAUUUCACUUAAAGGGACAUUAAAGGCAUAUGUUUUAUAUAUGUAUAUUGUAAUAAAAAGCUACAUUGAAAAACAAUCUGUAUACAAAAUAAAUGUUUUAAAGCACUUUUAACACUUA